CCGACGUAUAUCUUUGGAAACAAAUCUAUAGUAGCUCUCUAUGCAUACUUUUCUCUCUUUUACUUUGGUCCUGCUUCCAGAUUGUUCUUGAGAUUGAGUUUAUUGUUUGGAAUUCGUACUAGUAUAUGCGCAGUUAGAUGAUUAAGAAUUUCGUGAGAUGAUUUCAAAGUUAAGAAGGAAUGGAAGAUUGGGCUAAUAUGGAUCUCUUGAAAUAUUCCAAGGACACGGUGGAGAAGCUUUGAGAGAAGCUCAAAUCAAAUCAGAGAACAAAGAUGUGUUUCAGUUUGUUUUUGUAUAUGAAGCAACGGUACGUAUAUCCCGUACUGACAGAAACUCAAUUUAUUAAGAAGAAGAAGAAGAUGAUGAUUAUGCAUCGUUAUGAUUUACGACGAGAAGAUUUGUUUGUGUUUCCGGGUUCAAAGUGAUCAUUUUGAUGAGUUUUUCGCCCCUGAGUUGGACAAACAUGGUUAUCAAGCUCUCUACAAGAAGAAGACAACAGAGGUUUACACCGGGACUUAUGCUAUCGAUGGUUGUGCAACAUUUUUCCGAAGGGACAGAUUUUCCCAUGUGAAGAAAUACGAGGUCGAAUUCAACAAGGCUGCUCAGUCACUGACAGAUGUUGUGGUCCCAAUCACUCAGAAGAAAGCUGCUUUGUCUCGACUUCUUAAGGAUAAUGUUGCGCUAAUAGCGGUUCUGGAAGCAAAAUUUAGCAACCACGGAGCCGAUAAUCCUGGAAAGCGACAGCUUCUUUGUGUGUUCAACAGAUACAUACUCGAAUUCGUAAGCAGCAGAUAUAUACUCGAAUUUGUAAGCAGUUUAGCAGAUACAUGUUCUAUUUGUAAGCAGCGCGACAGAUAUGUACUCAGAUUUGUAAGUAGUGUAGCAGAUAUGUACUCGAAUUUAUAAGAAGUGUAGCAGAUAUGUACUCGAAUUUAUAAUCAGUGUAAUAGAUAUGUACUCAAUAUAAUGAAUGUGUAAACACACACGUUUGGU